AGGAGCGCACCCGUCUAGGAAGUGACGUGUCGAGCCGUGCCAGAGGAAGUUUGUGCGGGCGCUGGGAGAGAAAGUUUCCCCGGAGCGGCUGCGCUUGGAGCGGGAAUAACCCUGACACAGCCGCCGCUGGUGGACCGAGCGGACCGGAGCGGGAAGAAAGCGCGUAGUGUAGCGCGUGGAUGCGUGUUGCGGCGUUGGCGAGGCGUGCAGUGGAUUUGUGUGGUCGUGUGAUCGUCUCUCCGCCGCUCCUCCUGCUCGCUGCGAGAUGGGGAAGGAGCAGGAACUGCUGGAGGCGGCGCGCACCGGGAAUCUGGCCGCCGUUGAGAAGCUCUUGUCCGGGAAGAGACAAUCGGCCGGAUCGGCCGCGGCGGGUGGUUCUGGAUCGUCCGGGAAUGUCGGGAGCGGCGGGCACAGCUCUUCACACUCGCUCUCCAGUUUUCUCAGUAUCUGGAGGGGCCCAAAUGUGAACUGUGUGGACAGCACUGGAUACACACCUCUACACCACGCUGCUUUAAAUGGACACAGUGAGGUGGUGGAAGUACUUCUGAGGAACGAGGCUCUGACGAACAUGGCUGAUAACAAGGGCUGUUACCCUCUGCACCUGGCAGCGUGGAAGGGCGACCAGCGAAUCGUCAAACUUCUCGUCCAUCAGGGUCCAUCUCAUCCCAAACUCAAUGAACAGAGCGCUCUAGACCACACAGAGUUCAAACGCUGUGGCCCGUUUGACCCCUAUAUUAAUGCCAAGAACAACGACAACGAGACGCCGUUGCACUGUGCGGCUCAGUACGGACACACUGAGGUGGUGCAGCUGCUGCUGGAGGAGUUGACCGACCCCACCAUGCGCAACAACAAGUUUGAGACGCCGCUCGACCUGGCUGCGCUCUACGGCAGGCUGGAGGUGGUCAAGCUUCUGCUCAGCGCUCAUCCCAACCUGCUCAGCUCCAACACCAAGAAACACACACCUCUCCACCUGGCGUCCCGCAACGGACACCUGCCCGUGGUGGAGGUGCUGUUGGCCGCCGGCGUGGAUAUUAACUACCAGACGGAGAAAGGCAGUGCCCUUCAUGAAGCAGCUCUAUUUGGAAAGACAGAAGUAGUACAAAAACUACUCAACGCAGGUAUCAAUGUGAAUAUCGUGGACAGUAAGAAUCUAACAGCGCUGGACACUGUUAGAGACAUGCCCUCCCAAAAGAGCCGACAGAUCGCCGCCCUCAUACAAGCUCAUAUGAGCGGCCGUCCGUCAGACACGAGCCUCCCUCCUCCACCAGUGCCUCCACCUCAAGAGAGCCUGAGUCCCAAAAGAAAAGGAGAAAUGGAGCAGCAGGUCAGUGAGCUCAUAUCCGGUUUGGCUCCGACGCCUAUGGAAGAGAGUCCGUAUGAAGCUCUGUUUGAGGCGUCCUCCUGUGUCUCACUGGACAGCCUGGCCAGCGGAAAGUCGUCGGACAGAGACUCCGGACGACCAGACAGCGAAGCUGGAAAGAAAGACCGACAUCAUCCACAGAGUCAGUCUGCACAGGACGAGGAUCUCAGCUCUGAGGCGGUUUACACCAACAGCAGUGUGGACGAACGCGCCGAGCCUCUGGAAGAGGAAGACCACACGUAUGAACUGUUAGUCACCGCACAGACCAAAAUCCCCAACAACACACAAAGCAAAACAGAUGUGGAUGUCUCAGCCAAGUCUUCCAACAGUGUCCUACCUCAGCGAAAGGCCGCCACACACAUUGACCUACGACCUUCAGGGUCCAACACAAACACUCUGCAGCCGCCUGCACCUCAUUUUGGCACAGGACAGACGUCUGGAGAGAGCUCGUCGCACGGUCAGGAUAUAAGCGCUGCUGUUCCUGAGCAGUUCACUGGUCUGCUUCACGGUUCCUCGCCGGUGGUCGACUGUCGGGAGGAAGCGUUCAGGCUGCCGUCCUCUGGAGUGAAGUCUGCCGAGGCUUCCAACACUUCGACAUCUGCGAGCUCCGCCCCCCCUCCCCAUCCCAAAACGUCGGUCGCCAUGGAAACCAUUCUCCAGGACACUGACCCCAAAGCUAUCUACGCCACGGUCCACAAAGAGCCACGGGAUUCGCCAAAACACAGCUCGCCGGCCCGCGAUUCUCCGCUGACGAGAAGGAUGCCUCCACCGGGCGAUCUCAAGCUAGCGCGUAGCCUUUCGAAGUCCGACUCCGACUUGCUGGUGUCCCCGCCAGGUGAGGAAGAGACGGGGUUGGGCGGCCGAAGUGAGUCGGUGUCCAACUGUAGCACGACCAAGAGAAGACUGGAAAAAUCACCUUCGUUCACAUCAGAAUGGGACGAGAGACAAAGGCAUUCCCUCUCUAUUCCAUGGAGACAGCGGCCGCCCCAAAGAAUUGAGAAGAUCAUGACUCUAAUUGGUGCCGGCAUCGACUUCUCCAAAGACCAGGAGUGCCCUGCCACAGGUGGAUCUGGGAGGCUACUUGAACAGCCGGUCGGUGAUUGGUUGGAGCAUAUAGGCCUUCCGCAGUAUGAGAGCAAGCUACUACUUAACGGCUUUGACGACCUACGGUUUAUGGGAAAUGAUGUGAUGGAAGAGCAAGACCUGAGAGAAAUUGGCAUCACGGAUCCGUCACAUCGCAGGAAGAUCCUCAGUGCCGCACGUUCUUUACCAAAGGUGAAAGCAUUAGGCUGUGACGGCAGCACGUCUCUCGCUGCAUGGCUGGACGUCCUGGGUCUUCAAGAGUACCUGCAAAACUUCCUGUCCAGCGGCUAUCGCACGCUAGAAUGCGUGAAGAACCUUUGGGAGCUGGAGAUUGUUAAUGUGCUGAAGAUCACAUUAUUGGGCCACAGAAAAAGGAUUAUUGCAUCGUUAGCUGAACGACCAUAUGAGGAGCCUCCGGUCAAACCGCCCCGCCUCUCUCAGAUUAGAUGUCAGGAUCUCAUGUCCCAGACCUCGUCUCCUCUGAGUCAUUCAGACUCCUACACACGCUCUAUGGAUCCCCUGUUACCUGUGGGCGAUUCUGGGAGGAGGAGAGGGCCAGAUUCAGAAUAUGACGUGGCCAUUCGACAGCGGCCCAACGACAGACCACAACCACAAGAGAGAUUUGAGGAACGUCAACGGGAACCUCGCUUGACCUUACGACCCCCGAGUUUGGCGGCACCGUACACACCCGUCCAGAACUGGCACCAUCAGCCCGAGAAGCUCAUUUUUGAAUCAUGCGGUUAUGAGGCCAACUAUCUGGGUUCAAUGCUCAUUAAAGAACUAAGAGGAACGGAGUCAACGCAGGACGCCUGUGCUAAAAUGAGGAGGUCGACAGAACAGAUGAGGAAGAUCCCCACCAUCGUCCUGUCCAUCACGUACAAGGGUGUGAAAUUCAUUGAUGCUGCCAACAAGAACAUCAUUGCAGAACAUGAGAUCAGGAACAUUUCGUGCGCGGCUCAGGACCCAGAGGACCUCUGCACGUUUGCUUACAUCACUAAAGAUUUGCAGAGCAGCCAUCAUUAUUGCCACGUCUUCAGCACUGUAGAUGUGAACCUGACCUAUGAGAUCAUUCUGACACUGGGACAAGCGUUUGAAGUGGCCUAUCAGCUGGCACUGCAGGCCCAGAAGACCAGACAGCAGCAGAGCGCAGCGGGAGGGACGGAAAUCAUCGAGACCAAGAGCAGCAGACCCGUCCCCAAACCACGAGGGAGCAUGCGCAAGUCAGGGGUGGAAGCGAUGGAUGUGGACGCUCACGGUCAGAGCAGCGCGACCUGGAUCCUGGACUCCAAAGAUCCCAAGCGCACCGUCAGCACCAACUGACCGCUGUGUCGGAUGCCAAACAGAAAGGAAAGUUGGGAUGCCAAUGACAGCAUGACUGUGGAUGAAACAUCACUUGUAUUGUGUGUGUUUGUGUGUGUGUGUUUAUAUAGAUCUAUGUAAGUGUCAGAAGUCUCACACCUACAGUGAGCUCCGCCCAUCCAUCACCAGGUUUCACCUUAAACACACGAGCCAAAGACAAACAAAAACAGUCCCGUCCACACAUAACAAAACCUCUCCCUCUGAAAAACAUUGUGCUUUUAUCAGACUUCAGACACACGUUCAAGGACUAAGUUUUCAAACACUGGAAACGCGCAGCAGUCACUGUAUUCUCCCGCAAUAACAAGAGCCAGUGUUGACGUUGUCUUUGCUUUGAUUUCUUUGAGUUUUGUUUUAUUUUUAUUGUGAUGCGACAGUCUACACGCUCUUGUUUCGUCUGUGAUUUUUGUCGUCUAAACUGAUGGUCUUUCAUCUCACAAAGAUGCUUUUAUUUUGUCUGAUAACUGAAAAUAAAAACAGUAAGUUAGAAACACUGAUUCCAGUUCAGCGAAACACUGAUUAGAGACUACAGUCAUGUCUUUUGAUGUCCAGUUAAGAUCAAUCCAUUCGUAAAUUUGUCAGUAUUUUAAGUCAGGUGACCAACAGGCUUUAGUACAAAUGUUUGUCAAGCUAAACAAAACAGGCAAGACCAUUCAAACAAAAGGACUAUGGUACGAGUUUAAAUAGGAAAGUUUAGCCACAGAAACUCAGUGCAAGAUUAGUGGGAGAUCCUCGGUGUUGUGACGUCUUAUGGUACACUAUUAUGAACAAGUUAAUAACUUUAUGAUGGCAUGAGAAUGGUACAGUCAAGAUUAGUGACUCUUACACGUAUACUGUGAUUUCUAAUACAAAAUAAUGGUGUUAAUGUGACACUACAAACAACAGCGAGUUGUUUUUAUGUGUAGAGUUUUGUGUCUUUCCUUUAAUGAUUAAGUUGCAGAAAGCAGGGUAUGUCUAAAAAAUAAAAAUUAAAUGGGUUAAGAAUUGAAAUUUGCAUAUUCAUCUGUCGUGGACGAACCUGCGCUUAUGUUUUGUGUAGAUAAUGCAUAAAUAUGAGGUGUAGAUGGGAAAUAUUCCUGUAUGCAUUUAGCCCUAGUUUACUAGGAUUUUAAGUCUGGUACUUUUUAUUUAGAUUUUUUCUUCAUUUUUAACAUGGUACGUUAAAAAUGGGUACAGUGCUAAAUACAAGCAGAUGCUAAUGCUAGCACCUGUAACAGCCGCAGUGUUUGCACAACUAAUCACGUUAGCGAAUACAACGGUGACAGUUUGGAUCAUAUUCAUGGCUAAAUGAUAAAAAUAUAAACAAUAUUGAAUUGUAAAGUAAUCCUGGGUGGUCUGUCUUUUGAUACUUGAAUGAUUCUGCUUUUAUAGAUAUCUCUCUCUAUAUAUGUAUAUGUAUGUACUGUAUGUAUUUUUUUUUUUUCUUUGUUAACUUUUUGGUCAUGUUUUUGUCAUAUCUAGAGAGGAACGUCUUUUUAAAGCUCAA